AUGUACGAAGUUUUAAUCCUGUCCUUCUGCUCAAAACGCACAAGAUAUUUGAUCCAUUCACUUCAAAAAUAUCGAUGGAAAGCUAUCAAAUUUGUUCAUUAUUCUUUCGAUGAAAAUGACAAAAUAUGUGUUAGUGUGAGAUCAGAAAAUAGUAGCGUGGGCUUCUCUUUAUCACCAACUACACUGGAAAAGACGAUGAUUACUCCGAUGGAUGUGUUUGGAAUGGGACCAACGAUUCCUAUCCGUUUGCAUCCAAACCUUUCCAAACGAAAAUAUCUCUUCAACAGAGAGCAGAAGCAACUAGUUGUCCAGGGAAUUCAUGAUUAUUUGCAUCAAUUUCUCGGAUCGUCAACGAUUAAUUAUGUAGUUGAUACAACUGGACAUGAACUGCCACAAAACCUGAAAAACAUCAAAAGAACUUGUAUCAAAGUAUCAGAAAACACGACUGCCGAAGAGUUGGAAGCAUGUUUCGCCGCUUCUCCGAAUCAAGAAUACAUUCAAAUUGACGGACAUUUCAAUGGAAAUUUAUGUCCAAACUCCGCAAUUCUUGGAGCUGAACACUUGAGAAUCAUUUCCAAUAAAGGUCAUGGAGAUGAGAUUCUUCUUGGUUUUAGAGGAAAACGGUUUGAUUGUGACUGCUCUUUCCAUGAUGCCACUAUUGUUCAAUUCCUAAAUGAAUGGAAAUCAAACCGAGGAUUCCAUAACCUGGAGUCUCUUAUAAUAAACUCUUAUAUGUCUAAAAACUACGACGCUGCAGCUAUUUUGAAAGAUAUAGAUGUGAAACAGCUUGAUCGACCACAAGAUACACUUCACAUCACUUGGCAAACGAGAUAUGCCUAUCCUAUAGCAGUGGAUCCUCCAAAGUUGCGGAAGGUCGGGUUUUCGUCUCGUGACUAUUUGCUAAGAGACGGUGAUGGAGUAGAAGCUUCUGUAUUAAUACAAAAUCAUGAUGUUUGCUUCGCUCUCUGGAAAGGAAACUCGUGUGAAGUCAAAAAUAUAAAUGGUUGA